AUGGCGGAAAUACAGCAGUCUUUUGAUGUUACCAAUGGAGGAAAGAAAAGGAAGUCUGGGAAAAAGAAAGGGAAAAUGGCGAAGAAGAGGCAAAGAAUGGUGAUGCCUCCCGGAGCAGAGAAAAAGGUUAAAGUUGACAAGAAAAUGAGAAAAUUGUUUCAGAAAAGGGCUAGGGAUUACAAUUCAGACGAAGGUGAAGAAGAAGAAGAAGAUGAAGAUGUUGAGCAGCUCCAGGAGCCGGGACGUUCAGUUGGAGUUAAACCCGGGUUCAUGAAAAGGGAUGAUGAUUUUGGGGAUGAGCUAUCGGAUGAUGAUGAAGAGGAGAAUCAAGGGUCUGAGCCAGAAGAAGUUUCAGAAGAUGAAAAUGGUGGGAUUCAGCCCGGUGUUACGAAAUUCACGGAGGGCAUUAAGGCUUUUAAGUUGGCAUUUAAGAAGAUUGUUAAGAAGAGUGGGGGCGAUGCAGAUGUACUGGGUCCUGUAUUAUCUGCCCAUAAGAAGUUAAUAGCUGAGAAGCUUGCUGAAGAAGAAGCUGAGAAGAAAGCUAAAGGGGUAGUGAAGAAGGAGAAGCAUUUGAUAGCAGAAAAGGGACAUGUCAAGCUUGAAAACUACUUGGAUGCCCACGAAAAGUUUCUAUUAGGAGUGGCAACGAAAGGAGUUGUCAAGCUUUUCAAUGCUGUAAACAAGGCCCAGAGUGCUCAGAGAGGUUUAAAUAUGUCGAGAUCAAAAGAUGAGAAGGCUUUCUUCUCCGAGUUGGGCAAGGCACCAUCUCAAUCGUCUGGGACUGCUAUUAAGGUCGGAACUUCUGGUGGUGAAGCUCCUGCGUGGGCCCCUCUGCGUGACAAUUACAUGCUAACAAACCCCAAAUUGCAAGAUUGGGAUAAGAUGCAGGAACGGAAUACUGCUGACGAAUUUGGGAGACAAUCAGAGUCGGAUUCUUCAUCAGAUGAUAACUAA